AUGGUGUCCACGAUCGCCGGCCUCACGGUGGAUCUCGCCUACGCCAUCCACAAUCUCUACAAGGAGGUCAAGGCGAGGAUCGAUGCUGCGGAGCAUCUGCCCAACACGUGCAGGCGUUGCGUGAGGCUGAUCGAUCAAAUCGAUGGCAUGGUCGACGGGUGCAACGUAGACGACAAGAGAACUCGCACCAUCUUGGAGAACAUCUCGAGCUGCAUGGAGGAGCUCGACGACCUCAUCGACCGCAUGAUCAAGCUCGGCGCGACCAAGCAAGGCGGCGGGGGCGUGUGCAUCUGCCUGAACGUCGCGUCCGCGGGCAAGGAUGCGAUGAAAGUGGAGGACGACUUGGAGCGAACGGAGGAGGAACUUCGCAAGCACCUCGACUCGCUGGUGCAGGCCACGCAGCUCCACACGUACAGCACGCGCACGAGCAACAAGCUCGAGCAGGUGGACUCCAGGCGGUUCUGGGACGAACACUUCGGGGACAUGAGGGAGGUUUCCGUCAAGGCCGUCGCCGAGGCUCUGAACCACGAGUGCGAGACCAAAAACCUCGGCGUGGACACAGCGACGGUGGUUCAACUCACCAAGGACUGCUUCUCGGGGAAAGAAACCGUGACCGUGCUCGGAUUCGGCGAGGUGUUCAACAAGGCGUCCAUCCCGGACACCAUGGUGAGCCUCGCCAAGCGAGCCAGGGCCAAGACCUCGCUUCUCGCGAUCAAGGUUUACAACUUUGAGAGCAAGACUGUGGACCAGAACCUGUACCCGGGCUUCGUCAUGUGCAAGGAUACCGAUUCCCUCAGGGUGUUUCGAUCGCUCGUCAUGACCCACGCGAUGACUCUCGCGGACGAGGAGAGCUCCAGCGACGACAGCGAGUUCGACUUUGACGGCGAAGAGUCGACGCGGCCCGCGCCCGGCGCAAAGUCCAAAAAAGCGAAGGUCACCGUCGAGGACCUCGACGCGCUGCCGCCGGAGUACCGCUUCCUCGCCGCGGGAGAGUUCACGUUCUUCCUGGACGACUGCGAGAUGAGGGUUCAGCGCAAGCAGGAGAAGAGCAUGUGUGGGAUGGACACCCUGCAGAAGGUUUGCAUCGUCCGCGACGACGACCUCCCUGAGGAGCUUCGCCCGCGAAAAAAGGAGAAGAGCAGGAAGCCCAGGCUCUCCGCGUCGGCGUCGGAGAAGGAUACCGCGUGGGAAAAGAGUUCGCAGGGCACGUCCGCGGCGGGCGACGACGACGCCGACGGCGGCGCGGACGCCGAAGACGUCGCGCAGUCCAUCAUGCAAAAGGCGGCGGAGGAGAUUGCCGCGCGAGACUGCGUGAGCGUCGCCGCGGCUAUCCGCGCGCCCCUCGUGCUGCACGGGCUGCGCGUCGCGGCUAAGAAGGUGGGCGUGCCGGAAGAGUCGGUGACGUUCCUCGUGGAGGUGGAUCAGCUCAGGCAGGCUGCGGAGGCCAUCUCGCCGACGUCGGCGGGGGCGCUGUCGAUGCCCAGGCUGAGGCUGGUGAAGGCUUCGGCGAAGAACAUCGCGGAACGGUUUUUGUCAGCCGUCUCCGCGUUCAAACUUCCCGUCGCGCCCGAGACGUCGGCGGCGGCGAUCAAGGCGGUCGACAGAUACGCCGGACUGGCGGACGAAGAGGACCCGCUCCCCGGUCUGGACCACGGGAUGCUGGAGGCUCUUCGGGGGCCGUUUGAUGAGGUCGAGGCGGCGAUGGCUCCCGCGCUGGAGGUUCUCCAGAGGAAAAACGCCACGGUCAACAAGGUUGUCGACGUCGCGAAGAAGAAGAAAUGGACGGGGCCCAAAAAGAACGUCGUCAUCUGCGGCGGCGGCAUCGGCGGCGCUUGGUGCGCGUAUCACCUGGACAACGACGAGCAGGAGAGGUUCCACGUCACCGUCGUCGACCCGAAGAACUACUUCGAGGAUCCGACAACGCAGCCCAUGCUCAUGUGCGACCCGGGCAAGGUCGAAGAGGGGCGGUUCGCGAAUUCCAUCGCCCCAUACGGCAAGGUUGUCGCAAAGGGGAAGCACGUGUGCGGGUUUGUUCAGUCUAUAUCCAAGACUCACGUCGAGGUUGGAAACGAACGCACGAUUGUUCCUUUCGAUUAUCUGAUCCUGGCUAUGGGCUCGAGCUACGCCUCGAAUAUUAAGGUUGUCAACCCCAGUGUCGAGUACCGGUGGAAGCAGCAUCAGGCAGAGCUCAUUUCCAUGAAAAACGCGGCCAACAUCUUGGUGAUCGGCGGAGGUCUGGUCGGAGUCGAGAUCGCCGGAAACGCCGCGGACCGCCUCCACAAGGCAAACGGGGGCGAGAGAAAGAAGGUUAUUCUGGUUCAUGCGGGACCCUACCUGCUUCCUCGCGCCAAGAAUGCACACAAGUACGUCUAUGAUUAUCUGACGUCUCUCGGCGUCGAGAUUCAUCUCAAUCAGCGAGUGGUUGAGUUUGACGACAUGCUACAGUCGUACACCUCCGACACGGGUGAAACAUUUUCCGCGGGCAAGGUGUAUAGGUGCACAGGCCCUCGUGCGAACACCCAGGCGCUCAAGGAUGCGCAAUCUGACUCUGUGAUUCAGGCUGCUCUCGACGAGAAGGGAUUCGUCAAGGUUGAUGACCACUUGCGAUUGCACGAUGCCCCGCACAUUUUCGCAGUUGGAGACAUCGUCGAAUCGAGGAUGUUUCCUUCGACUGGAGCGCACGUCGUGACUGGCAUUGUUGCAGCCGAGCGCACGGCAAAUUUUGCCACCGUUCAAGGCGUCGUGGCGGUUGAAAACAUCAUCAGAACUGUCCAAGGGGAGGAGGCUCUGAUGUCGUUAGAUCCCUCCCGCAACGUGAACGGACAGUCGCUCUCGAUUGACUUGGGUCCGGAACAGGGUGUGGCGGUCAUCAAGUACGAAGAGGCAGACAUCUCAAGCAGGACGGGGUGUCCCUCUCAGACAAGGUACCGGGCGUCAAGCAGUUUAUAA